AUGGGUAGAGAGAUUGCUCCAAUAUUACCAUGUGAUGUAGUAAAUGUGGCACAUUUGUCGAGAUUUGAACGUUGGUUACAAGAACAACCACAACUUCUACUUGAUGCUUUAUCUAUUCAAAAUGGUAUGAUAAUAGCUGAUAUAGGAGCCGGAACUGGAUUUCUGACAGUACAAUUAGCUCAUCGCGUUGGACAACAAGGUCUUGUAUUUGCUACUGAUUUACAGUCACAAAUGCUAGACAUAUUACUCAGUAGACCAGAUCUUCCGAAUAAUGUGAUUCCUAUUCUAUCUACGCCUAUGGAUACAGGUCUUCCUGCAGAAACAUUUGACCUAAUUUUAUUAGUUGAUGUUUAUCAUGAAACUCCAAGACCUGAUCUUCUAUUAGAAGGAUUACGACGAGCUCUAAAAUCGAAUGGACGACUUGCUCUUGUCGAAUAUCGAGAAGAAGAUCCUCGAAUAAUUAGUGAUCCACGACAUAAAAUGAGUGCUAGACAAGCUAUUAUGGAACUUGAAGCAAAUCGUUUUAAAUUGGUAGAACUAUUUGAACAUCUACCAUUGCAACAUCUUCUGAUUUUCAUGAAACGAUAA